CACCACCCAGGGCGAUGUUGCGGGGGAGGAGUGUAUUCGGCGACGGACCUAUAGGGCUCUGUGGCUCCAGAGCGAGAGGAGUAGAGGGAGCCUCGGAGGAGAGACCUGGCGAGGGAGCGAAAGGCAUGAAUUUGGAGCGCCUCAGGAAGCGGGUGCGGCAGUAUAUCGACCAGCAACAGUAUCAAAGUGCUUUAUUUUGGGCAGAUAAAGUGGCAUCAUUAUCUCAUGAAGAUCCGCAAGAUAUCUAUUGGCUGGCCCAAUGUCUUUACCUCACAGCUCAGUACCACAGGGCAGCACAUGCUCUUAGGUCAAGAAAACUAGAUAAGUUAUUUGAAGCAUGUCGAUACCUUGCAGCUAGAUGUCAUUAUGCUGCAAAGGAAUAUCAGCAGGCUCUUGACAUUCUUGAUAUGGAAGAACCAAUCAACAGAAAACUGUUUGAAAAAUUUUUGAAGACUGAGAGUGAGCUGAAAGACUGUUCUAGUGACUGGGAAGUUUCUCAAUCUUCUAUGAGGAGCUCUAUUUGCCUUUUGCGAGGGAAGAUCUAUGAUGCUCUAGAUAAUAGAACUCUGGCAACAGCCAGCUAUAAAGAUGCCUUGAAAAUUGAUGUCUACUGCUUUGAGGCAUUUGACCUUUUAACUUCACACCACAUGCUGACAGCAGAAGAAGAAAAAGAACUUCUUGCAAAUCUAUGUCUUGGAAAGCGGUGUACAGAAGAAGAACAAGUAUUACUACGUUUUUUGUUUGAGAAUAAACUAAAAAAGUAUAACAAACCUAGUGAAACGGUGAUUCCUGAAUCGGUCGAUGGUCUACAAGACAAUCUGGAUGUAGUAGUGUCCCUGGCAGAAAGGCAUUACUAUAACUGCGAUUUCAAAAUGUGCUACAAGCUUACUUCUGUAGUAAUGGAAAAGGAUCCAUUCCAUGCCAGUUGUUUACCUGUUCACAUUGGGACACUUGUGGAGCUGAAUAAAGCAAAUGAACUUUUCUAUCUUUCUCACAAAUUAGUGGAUUUAUACCCAAACAAUCCUGUAUCUUGGUUUGCCGUAGGAUGUUAUUAUCUCAUGGUUGGCCAUAAAAAUGAGCAUGCUAGAAGAUACCUUAGCAAAGCCACUACACUUGAGAGAACAUAUGGGCCAGCAUGGAUAGCAUAUGGGCAUUCGUUCGCAGUUGAAAGUGAGCAUGACCAAGCAAUGGCUGCUUACUUCACAGCAGCCCAGCUGAUGAAAGGAUGCCAUUUGCCAAUGCUAUAUAUUGGGCUGGAAUAUGGAUUGACAAACAACUCAAAAUUAGCAGAACGCUUUUUCAGUCAGGCUUUAAGCAUUGCCCCUGAAGACCCUUUUGUCAUGCAUGAAGUUGGCGUGGUAGCAUUUCAAAAUGGAGACUGGAAAACUGCAGAAAAGUGGUUUCUUGAUGCACUAGAGAAGAUCAAAGCCAUUGGAAAUGAGGUGACCGUUGACAAAUGGGAACCUUUAUUGAAUAAUUUGGGACAUGUGUGCAGAAAACUCAAGAAGUAUGAAGAGGCUCUUGAAUAUCAUCGUCAAGCUCUAGUGCUAAUACCUCAGAAUGCUUCUACUUAUUCUGCUAUUGGAUACAUACACAGUCUGAUGGGAAACUUCGAAAGUGCAAUUGAUUACUUUCACACAGCCCUUGGUCUUAGAAGAGAUGAUACAUUCUCUGUUACUAUGCUUGGACAUUGCAUCGAAAUGUACAUAGGUGAUUCUGAAGCCUACAUUGGAACCGCCAUUAAGGAUAAAUUACGCUGCUAUGACUUUGAUGUGCAUACUAUGAAGACUUUAAAGAACAUAAUUUCACCUGCAUGGGAUGUCUUGGAGUUAGAUAUAGAAAGGCAAACUCUGGAAGAAAGUAACGUCAUGGCCCUGGAAUCAUCACAUCAGAGGAAAUCUACAGAAGCACCUCAUCCGUUGGAUGAAACUUUUGAGAUUGAAAUGAAUGAAAGUGAUAUGAUGUUAGAAACAUCAAUGUCAGAUCAUAGCACAUGACCCUAAAAUGCUGGUGUGAGUUCAUAACUCUGCAAGAUCUCUAAGCAAUUUUGUCACCUCAUGCCUUUUGGAUUCUGCUGUUUUUUAUGACUACAUGCUUGGGAGUAUUGAUAUCAGAGAACUGUCCAAGGUGGUGACAGCAUAUUUCUUUAUAUCAAUUUUAUUCUGCAGAAUAAACAUAUGUAUUUUAAUUGUUCAUUGCACCUGUGAAUGCUAUUAAAAGACUGUGAAUGUUUAAAAAAGUA